AUGUCUCUUUUAAAAUGGCUUGUAAUGGGAUCUGGGAAACAAACAACAAACGAAACAUGGAAUAAUGGCUCAGAAAAAUAUUUCGGUUUGGAAAACGCACUUUAUUUUUGUAAACCAUUUCGAGAAUGUGUUCUCAAUUUUCCAAAUGGUCAAAUGGGCUCUUUUGCUCCUCAAUCAAUGUCUCCUACAUAUUCAUCGCAUAAUUCUACCUCUAAUACAAAUGAUGGCGGUAAAGCAUCUAAUUACAAUAAUAAUAAUGGAAACAGCAAUGGAAGUAAUAUUAAUAAUGAAAUUGAAGAUACUUUAUUUGGGGCAUUAAAAGAUUUAUUUACAAAAAUAAAUAAUCAAAAAAAAAGAACUGGUGUUUUAAAUCAUAGUAAUUUCAUUACAAAAUUGAGGAAAGAAAAUGAUUCCAAUAAAACAUGGGUUCAUAAACUUUUUGAAGGAACUUUGACAAAUGAAACAAAAUGCCUAACUUGUGAAACCGUAACAAGUAGAGAUGAAUCAUUUCUUGAUCUUUCAAUAGACAUAGAACAAAAUACCUCAGUAACAAACUGUUUGAAACAAUUUUCUGCAAGUGAAAUACUAUGUCAUAAAAAUAAAUUUUUGUGUGAUGUAUGUUGUAGUUUACAAGAAGCUGAAAAAAGAAUGAAGAUUAAAAAAUUACCUAACGUUUUAGCUCUUCAUUUAAAACGUUUCAAGUUCCAAGAGAAGCUACAAAAAAAUAUUAAAUUAUCAUAUCGAGUAGUUUUUCCUUUUGAAUUAAGAUUAUUUAAUACGUGUAAUGAAACCGAAGAUGCUGAAAGGUUAUAUGAACUUUAUGCCAUAUGUGUUCAUGUUGGAAGUAAUAAUGGUGACUCUUCAACCAUGAUAUUAGAUUUUGUAGAAGGAAAUAAUGGUAAUGGUAACGAUAUUAUUAUAAAUUCUCCUAAUACAGAAACACCUUCGCCUCUAACCAAUGAUGAUUCAUUUCCUGGAAGAUGGAAAAUAACUAUAAAAAAAGAUAAAGAUAAAGAUCAUAAUAAUAAUCCAGAUAAUAAACGUAAAUCACAUCAUGAUCAAGAUAAUAAUAAUCCAGACAAUAAACGUAAAUCACAUCAUGAUCAAGAUAAUAACAAUAAAGAUUCAAAAGAUAAUAAUAGUAAGGACAACGAUGAUGAUAAACCUGCACCAGAUAGUAAAAAAUCAUGGUUUUCCACUAGACCAACUUCAAAAUCAAAUAAAGACAAAGAAGAUAGAAAAUCGGAUCAAAAACUUGGUGACGAUAGAGAUUAUAGAAGUUGA